AUGCCUGAUCUACAGCCCCUUGUCCUAUACGCCUUUGCGCCUUUUGCGGCCUCUGCAAAUCCAUGGAAGGUCGCAUUCAUCCUGGAAGAACUCGGCCUUCCGUAUCAAUUCGAGAAGAUUCAGGCAGCAGAUACAAAACAACAUGCCUUCCUCUCAAUGAACCCCAACGGCAAAGUACCCGUGCUGAGGGACCCAAAUAAUAACAAUUUGACAACAUGGGAGUCCGGUGCAAUCAUCGACUAUCUUAUCGAUGUUUACGAUGACCACAAUAUUCUGCACUACAACUCUAGCCCAGAAAAGCAUUUGACUCGCUGCUGGGAGCAUUUUCAGAUGAGCGGCCAAGGACCAUACUUUGGGCAGAUGGUUUGGUAUACCACCUUCCACCAUGAAAUUUUGCCGUCUGUUAUAGAGCGCUAUGGCAGUGAGAUCAAACGUUUUCUGGGGGUCAUUGACGCGCAUCUCGACAGCCAAGAGACUGACUAUUUGGUCGGUGACCGAGUGACCUACGCAGACAUCAUGUUCUUACCUUACUGCAAAGGUCUGGCCACUGUUAUUUACCCAGACCUAGACACGUCUCAAUGGAAGAACUAUACUGCUUGGGUUGAUCGCAUUUCAUCAAGGCCAGCCAUUGCGCGUGCCCUACAAAUAAUGGACGGCGCAGUACUACAGCAUAAGGAGUAUCUUGCAUUAGUCGCUGAAGGGAAAUAG